AUGUAUCAGAUGCUUCAGUCUCGACCAGUAGUGGAUCCUCCCAGUCCAAGCGAUUCUCACUCAGUGUCUUCACUCCACAGCCUUACACUGAGCGUCUUCCUCAUCGUCCUCAUCCUCCUCAUCACUCUUUUGAUCACCUUCUCCAUCUACUUUCUCCUCCGACGUCUCCGCCGCUCGCUCCUCCCUCCACACUCGAGUUCCGGCGAUUGCGCCAUCUGCUUGUCCCCGUUCCAGCCUGAGGACAAGCUCCGUCACCUCCCGCUCUGUUGUCACGCUUUCCACGCCGACUGCAUCAGCGUCUGGCUCGUGUCGAACCAGACAUGCCCUCUGUGCCGCUCUCCUCUCUUAGCUUCUGAUGACGCGACUACGACAGCGGAGAGUUUGGCAGCGGAUAUAGGUCAUGAUGGUUCCAGGAGCUGGCUGAGGGAUCUCUCACGUGGUGUAUCCUCCCGUGCAUUAUCCUUUAGAGACUCCGGUAGGUAUUUUACCGGGAGCAGCCGUCGCACGGUCGUGGAUUUGGAGGCCGGAGAAGAGAUCAGUGAGUAUUUCCGGUGGCUCUCGUCGGUCUGA